AUGAUAUUUUUCAUUAUAUCGCUCAUAGCACUUGUAUUAUACUUAUAUGGUGUACGAACAUUUGGAUAUUGGAAAAAGAGAGGUGUAAAAUAUGAUACUCCUCUACCAUACUUUGGAAACAAUUUGUUGAAUUUUUGUCAAAAAUCUAGUAUAGCAAUGACAGCCACAGAGAUGUAUAAAAAAUAUCCUGAUGAAAAAGUAGUAGGAUUUUUUAGAAGUACCGCACCGGAGCUAAUAAUUCGAGACCCAGAGUUAAUUAAAAGAAUAUUGAUCACAGACUUUCAAAGUUUUUAUGCUAGAGGGUUUAAUACUCACAAAACAGUAAUAGAGCCGUUAUUGAAAAAUUUGUUUUUCGCUGAUGGUGAUUUAUGGCGGCUAAUAAGACAACGAUUUGGGCAAGCCUUCAGUACGGGCAGAUUAAAGGCUAUGUUUCAUAUUAUAACUAAUACCGCGCAGAAGCUGCAAAUAAUAGCAGAAGAUGUGUCAAAAUUAGAACAUUAUGAUUUGAGAGAGCUUAUGGCAAGAUACACAACAGAAUUUAUUGGAGUUUGUGGAUUUGGUUUAAACAUGGACUCAUUAAGCGAUGAGAUCUCAGAAUUUAGAAAAUUAGGAAAGAGAAUAUUUCAUAGAACAUUUGGAGAUGCAUUUAGAGGUGCAUUGAAAUAUAUGUUUCCUGAACUAUGUAAAAAUAUAUGUUUUCUUUCGCAAGAAUUGGAAAUUUCUAUGAUUUAUUUGAUAGAGUUAGUUCUUAAGGAAAGAAAUUAUAAGCCGUCAGGAAAAAAUGAUUUUGUGGAUUUAAUGUUAGAAUUUAAGGAGAAAGGGAAAAUUGUAGUUGAAUCACUGGAAAUGAAAGAAGCUGAUGGCUCUCCAAAAUUGGUUGAGCUAGAAUUAGAUGACUUAUUAAUUACCGCACAAAUUUUCGUAUUUUUUGGUGCUGGUUUUGAAACGUCUUCAAUAUCAUCUAGCUACACGCUACAUCAACUUGCAUAUAAUAUGGAGUACCAAAAAAUAGCUCAAGAAGAGAUUGACAGAGUUUUAGAGAAACACGGUAAUAAGAUAACUUACGAGGCUAUAAAUGAUAUGCCUUAUGUAGAAAAGGUAUUUUAUGAAAGUAUGCGAUUAUAUCCCUCAGUAGGAUUUCUAAUAAGACAGUGUACGGCCCCUACUUAUACUUUCCCAGAAAUUGAUCUAACUAUAGACAAGGAUGUCAAAGUAAUUAUUCCAAUACAAGCAUUGCAAAGAGAUGAAAAAUACUUCGAGGAUGCAAACAAAUUUAACCCUGAUCGAUUUUCUGAUGCUAACAACAUCAAAAGUAACGUAUUUUUACCUUUUGGAGAUGGUCCACGUAAAUGUGUCGCUGCCAGAUUGGGGAAAAUGCUUGCGAUGGCUGGAAUCGUUGCAAUAUUACAAAAAUUCACAGUAGAACCAUGUGCCAUGAGCAAGCGGAAUCCUCUUCCGGAUCCCAGGGGAGUUGUGUCUGAAAAUUUUAUCGAAGGAUUGCCACUUAAGCUGAAGAAAAGGAUACGAGCACCU